CGGUAUUUCAUAACCUCAGAUACGAAGUUCUAUUUAAUGUCAUAUCUAUACUAUCCUUAGUCAAUGGUGUAAUAUAUAUUACAUCGCAGUCGAAAUAUGCUUUAUAUGGCUUUACAAAUCGGUCGCUAGCUAUAGAACGCGGUCUGCGUUGCCGCCUUCGGUGAUAACAAUAACCAUGUAUACAAAUGCACAGGCUCGUUGCAGAUCGCAGCUGAUUGUAAUUGAGGACCACAUCGUGACAGAUCGUGGAACAUCAAGUUCUAGAAGAUGAUAGGUCUAAUCUGUACCUCGUCUAUGGUUAUACCUCGUCUUAAAUUAAACGUUAUUAAUAAAAAUAACUUUUUUAAAAAUGAGCAAAAGUGAAAACUUUAUUAAAAAAGGCACCACUAUUCUUACCGCCAAACCAUUUGCUUAUGUCCUUUGUUCAAAAUAUAAAAAUGUCCGGUGUGAUUAUUGCUUUAAAAGUGGAAAACUCUUUAGAUGUUCUGCCUGUCAGUAUGUUUAUUAUUGUAAUCAAUCUUGUCAACAAAUGUCUUGGCCCAUGCAUAGUAAAGAAUGUGCAAGAUUAAAAAAAUUUUCACCAUGGGGUAUAUCAAAUGUUGCAAGACUAAUGGCACGUAUAAUUAUAAAAUUAAAUCAAGGGGGAGAUGAAGAAAGAGGAUAUUAUAAUGAAACUAAUUAUAGGAAAUUUAAGGACUUAAUGUCUCAUUGUUCUGAGAUAAAAAAGGAUGAGAAAAAAAUGGAACAUUUUGUAUGCUUAUGUAAUGUUUUACAUAAAUUUCUCGAAGAUAUGCCUAUACCAAGUACUGCAGAAUUAUUGGGUAUUUAUGGCAGAAUUACUAUUAAUUCUUUUAGUAUAUUUAAUUUGGAUAUGAAUAUUGGUGUUGGUAUUUAUUUGGGACCUUCUAUUCUGGACCAUAGUUGCAAACCUAAUGCUGUAGCAACCUUUGAGGGAACUACCAUAAAUGUUAAAGCAAUAGAAGAUCUUCCUUCUUUAGAUUUGUCUCAGAUAAGGAUACCAUACAUCGAUGUGAUUAAAACAGCAGGAGAUAGACGUGCAGAACUACAAAGUUCGUAUUAUUUUUGGUGUGACUGUGAAAAAUGUGAAAAACCAGAACCAAUGGCAGAAGCGGCAGCAUGUCCAAACAAACUUUGUACAUAUCCUUGUGACCCUAAUGCUGAUUUAUGUGAAAAGUGUAAUACAAAAUUCCCAGAAAACUUUAAAGAAAUUUUUGAUGAAAUAUCUGAGUUUACUGCAUACCAUCUAGAAAAUAUGAAGAAUAUUGCCUAUCUGGACGUAAGCAAAAUGUGUCUCUCAAGACAAGAAGGCAUUUUACAUCCUCUCAAUGUGCAGUAUGUACAGACUUUACAAACUGCUUUUGACUCCUCUAUAAAUUUGCAACAUUGGGAAGAAGCUGAAUCCUAUGCUAAAAAACUUAUUAAUGGCUAUUUAGCAUAUUAUGGAGAAAUUCAUCCGUCAACUGGGAUACUUUAUUUAUCAAUAGGAAAACUUGAGGUAUAUUUGAAAAAGUUAAAACAGGCUAUCAAAACGUUAAGAAAGGCUAGUUUGAUAUUAACAAUAACACAUGGAGCACAACAUAGCGUGAUAGUAGAAAAUUUGAAACCACUUCUUUAUCAAGCCACUAUAGAAGACUUCAGUGAAUCAUAAUAUUUUUUAUGCCGAUAAUUUAUAAUUGUAUAUAAUAUAUUAACAAUAUACAAUUUACAAUAAAUAA